AUGGAGUUUAUCGAUGGGAUCGGUGAGCUUAAGGCUGUUCCCGAAGGAGUCCACUUUUUCUGUCCCCGACAAAGCGACGAUGAUUAUGGCCGAUACGAAGACUUAGACCAGGUGGAUGAAUCGGGUAAGCCGAUUAAGGAUAUUGUGGCCAAAGCCCAAACCCGCAAAGAGACCUUCCUCUCAUCGAUGCGCAUUCUGGCAUAUCACAAAGAUGGGGUUGAAGAGUUUCAAAACUGGAUCCUGGGCAAACUCGACGAUUCUCUCGAAAAAUGCGAUUUGUGCAUCAAGCACUAUUACACUGGAAGGAUCUGGCUGGUGGAUCGACUGAAGGAGGAAAAUUACCAGGAAGACGACAUUGAGGCCUUUGCCCAGAGAAUCGAUGAGUGGGAUAUCAAGAGAAUCACGCGGAACUUGAAAACGGCCACGGAUCAGCUGAGACAGACUCCUCUCGAGAAGAUUAGUUUGGGUGUCUUGGACAGGGCUGCGUUGCUGUCGAUAUUCGAAACUUUGAGUUGCGAGGCCAUGCUACGUAACGAGAGUCUCUUGCAGGAACACUUCGACGAACCGUUCAAACUCAUUCAAACGAAACGAAGUCUCAAGGUCUCCGACUAUAUUCCAGCGGUCACUCGGUUUCUUUUUGAUUCAAACCAGCUUCGAUGUUUCUGGGCCCACAGCACAUGGGCUAGAUACACCAGGUCUCCCACUACCGUCGAAUUUGAAUGGGCAAUCCGGGAUGGACUUCGCUCGGCUUUACAGACUGCUUCGCUACAACCGCCUCAAUUACCGGUCAUUGCGCGUUUGUGGAGAGGGAUGCAGCCUGUUUUACGAAAACUUGACAAGGAACAGAUCACACAUCAGCUGCGAGGUCUUGAGAUAGAUCCUUUCCGUCUAUCUGUGGAUCACAUCGCCAUUCCCUCUCCUGGUCUGCGAUACCUCUUGAAUACCAUCCAGCUUUUCCUUGAGAAGGCACCUGCGGACUUUUGGGAGGCCAUGCAAGCUAUAUCACCCCAAGCAAUCAUGGAGCAAACUUUCUAUAACACGCAGUUCAAUACUUAUCUCAUGGGAGCUACCGAGGGUGAACCGUUCGAAAACUCCCCACUGAAGGACAUGCUGUCAUGGAUUCAACCUUUCCUGAGCUCCCUCAAAGGUGCUCACCAGCCAUCUGCUUGUCGGUUUUUGACAUUGCAAUUACUUGGCAGACUCCAGAAUCCCCAGUACCCUAAUCUGGCCCGAUAUCACUGUUUCCACGUCGGAUUGACCAGCCUCCUUCAGACCUUGCGACGUUUUACCGAUAACGAGUCUUCCCGAGGCUCAGUGACGCGGGUCGUGUUGGCGGAAACAAUGGGAGUCGUGAGCGAUACUAUCAACACGAUCAUCAACCCUCCGACGUUUGCUGUUGAACUGAGCCGUCAGCAGGAUAUUCGCAAUCUUUGCAUGGACGUCGUGCGCAAUACCUUGGCGCUGGAGUGCCAGUCUCUCAAAACUGACUACGAGGUUAUUCUCAAGCACAACACACUCUCACAUGGUGUCUCUACUUACUCUGCCCAAAUUUGGGAUGCUGUCAUCAAAAACCUUCACCAAAGCAACCUGCCGCUGUCAGGCUCCGCACUUCUGGGUAUUUUGCCUCUCGUUGGGCUGGAGAAGUUCACCACAAAAGGCGAAACCAACCAGGAGAAGACCCAUUUCAAUAUGAUUUACGAACAUCUGAUCAAUCUCUCAUGUCGGAUCAUUGAACGUCUUGCAGACUUCCCGCCUGAUCACCUAGAUAAGUUGUUCCAAAGUCAGGACACUAGCAGCGCUGUGAUCUCUGCCCUCUUUGCUGCCGACUUGGACACCUACACAGCUGCGGUUGACCUGAUCAAGAACGCUACGGGUCAAUCUGCUCGAAGAGAUGCUAUCUCCCACCUUCUCCAGUCCUCUUUUACCACUACUGUCUAUGGUUUAAGUUGGUCUUUCCGCCGUAUCUCGACGAUGAAAACCUUCGCACCUGCACCAAGAAUGCUGUACACUGGUACAGACAUCGUUGAGACGCUAUGCGAUAACCAGAAUGGUAUUCUUCGAACUCGCAACCUUGCUGAUCGUCGAGAGGUCAUGGCACUGCAGAAACUCUGGGAGUAUCUGUGGUCAGCACUCACCACGAUCUUUGACGAGACCGAGGCAUGGCACCUCCGGGGUAACGACAAGUCUGUUAUGCUCGAGUUCUGUCGAGACACGAUUCAAUUUGCCGACUUUCUGUUCGACCAGUAUGGUGUCUUCCUCGGAGCUGUAGGAAACGCGGAUCCAAGCCAAACAUCCGCAUCCGAGAACUUCCUCAAAUCUCCAACUGCCACAAUGAGUGCCAUGGUGAAAUGGUUGAGGUUGAAGGAUGAAUUUUUAGCUACUACACUUGUCGGGCUAGUUUCAAAGCUUUUGCGUAGACUGGGUGUAAUGGAAGUUACCACCGUUAAGCCCGAUGCGUUGAGCUUCAUCGAGGGGGUUGCUGUCAACGCUACCAUCAAAACAAUUUUGACUCCUCGCGAGAAGGCCGAGUUGGUGCGUUCCCUGGAGGCGUAUUACAAGAAACCUGUCGUUACUGCCUCCACUGCUGCCCUCAAAAAGCAGUCUUCCAUCACAGCUUUCGCCAAACCUUCCGAUGUUUCGAGCCCCUCUCGUGUGAGUGGUGAUGAGUUCGAUGAUGACUUGACUGAUCAAACCCUUCUUGAGCUUUCCUCGUCAGUGGAGUUCAACAAGGCUCGCGUGGCUGCCGAAACGAGGAGGAAAUCCGAGAAGGCGGCCAAGAUGCAAUUCCUUUCCUCCAGUCUCAAGGCACGCCCACCAGCACCUAAGCCAGUCGUUCCACCCCGUCCCAAAGAUGACGCAAGUUCCGUCCUAUCUUUCCGGGAAAAGCGUGAACGCGAGAAGGAGGCGAAGAAAAAGCGUGAUGCUGAACAACUUGCUAGGCUCAAGAAGAACGCGUCGGCCAGUGGUGUUGGAGAACAGACUGCCGAACAAGGCUCCGGCUUGAAAGGUAUUGGUAUCAAGGGCAAGGAUCACUCAAUCCCUGCCGAUAGUAUGAUGGUAUCAUCUGGCUCCGAAUCAGAUACAGAGAGCGAAGACGAACUGGACAAGGAAUUGUUUGGCGCCAUACCAAAGAAACCCGAUGCCGUUGCGGAAUAUGAGCUGAGCAAAAAGAAAUCACUAAUCCAGCAGCCGAUCAAAAAGGUCAAACGCCAGCGUUCGGUCCGGGACAUGCGAGCACGUCUAUCUCCCGAUCUCAGCUCUCUUCACCACUCCAUUCUAUCCUGGGACUUCUUCGCAACCGGCGAUCUUCCCCCCUCCUCCGGCCGCACUGACUACUCCCUCGUCUCGAACACAUUCCGCACACCGGGUGAUUAUCAGAGCACAUUUGAGCCUUUGUUGGUUCUUGAGGCAUGGCAAGGAUUCCAGGCAGCGAAAGACGAGGGCUCUUUCCGACCCUUCGAGGUCAAGGUUAUGACCCGACUUGCAGUCGACACAUGGAUUGAAUUCAGUACCCAGCCGCUUGGUAUUCCUCCGAAGGACUUCAGCAUGGGUGAAGGUGAUCUUGUCUUGUUCUCCACAUCAUCGAAACCGACGAGCGACCAGAGUGCGCCUCAUAUACUUGCUCGUGUUUGUAAUGUGAACCGGAAGAGUGGAAAGUUGGAGGUCACGUACCGGGUGAACCCCACAAACAACAAAUUCCUUUCCAAAUUUGGGCCUGGCACCGAGACAUGGGCAGCCAAGAUCACUUCCUUGACCCCCGUGGAGCGUGAGUACGGCGCAUUGAUGGCAUUGCAAUACUAUGAUCUGUGCGAGGAGAUUGUCUUGGCUAAACCUUCGCCGCUUCUCACCUAUUCGGAUACAAGGCUGCAGCCCAUCAUGGACAACUACACUAUCAAUCGUGCUCAGGCGAAGGCCAUCAAGUCUGCCGUUGACAAUGAUGCGUUCACUCUGAUUCAAGGUCCUCCCGGUUCCGGAAAGACCAAAACUAUCAUCGCGCUUGUUGGAAGUCUCCUCAGCAACGUUCUUGGAAACAAAGCCGUGAGCAUCAACAGUGGUGCGCCUGCCGCUAGGAACACAAUGUCUAAGAAACUUUUGCUUUGCGCCCCCAGUAACGCUGCUGUUGAUGAAUUGGUCAUGCGAUUGAAGGAUGGUGUGAAGACAACUGAUGGCCGGAAGGAGAAAGUCUCUGUUCUUCGUCUGGGAAGAGGUGACGCGAUUAAUACUAAAGUGUUAGACGUUACUCUCGACGUCAUGGUCUCUGCUCGUUUGAACCAAGAUACCAGCAAAGGAGACAGCGUCGACAUGCAAAAACUCUACGAUGAGCACAAAAAGACCGAUUCAUCCUUCAAGGAGCUCCGUGGGCGUCUCGACGAAGCCAGAGCCAAAGGCCUGCCACCCCCGGAAGAGCUUGAACAACCAUACAUUUGCUCGUAA